CCAUAUGUAGGCGGGGUUGUUUUCCGUCUAGAUGGGAAAAGUGUUCUCAUCCUGGCUGUGUUAUUUAUGGAUAAUCAUAUUUAUCUAGCUUCUGCAACAGAAGGCAGCCAGAGAUCUGGCCAGGGCUCUGAGGUGGUGGUCCAUAAGGAGCACGGUGAUGGCAAAAAGCCCCACCAGUGCUUGGAAUGUGGGAAGAGUUUCCCCAAGCGCUCCGUCCUGGUCUGCCACCAGAAGAUCCACACUGGGGAACGGCCCUAUAAAUGUGGAGAAUGUGGGAAAGGCUUCACAAACAUCUCUUACCUGAAUCAUCACCAGAUGAUCCACACAGGGAUACGACCCUAUGUGUGUGGGGAAUGUGGGAAGGGCUUCCAUGACAGCACUCUCCCGAUCAUACACCAGGCAAUGCACACUGGGAAUGCACACCCCUACAUGUGCUCAGAAUGUGGGAAGAGCUUCAUGCAGAACUUCAAGCUGAUGGUCCACCAGAGGAUUCACACUGGAGAGAAGCCCUACAAGUGCGGGGAAUGUGGGAAAAGCUUUAGCCAGAGAUGCAACUUGAGAGUCCACCAGAAGAUCCACACUGGGGAGACUUAUGAGUGUUCUGAGUGUGGGGAGAGGUUUCAGAGAAGAUAUCAUCUCCUCAAGCAUCAGCAGAUUCACACAGAAUAG